AGGGGAGGAGGGGGAGACUGAGGGAGGUAAUGAGAGGGAGGACUGGGGGAAGGGAGGAUACCUAUCACAACACACCACUUAGUGCUUCGAAAACAUUCAAGGUCACUGGCGUCUCUUCCGUCGACCGCAAAUUCUCUUGUCUUCAACAUCUAGUGUUGGGUCGCGAGUGUGUGUUGCUUGGAUCAGGAACAGAGGAGGUGAUGAGGAAGGGAAAGACAGGAAGAAAAGUGAGAUGUGUUUGUCGCCAGCACUGUCCCUGUCUUUUCUCUACCCAGUACCGCAGGAAACAUUAGUACUGCGGCUACGUGACGUUUCCUUCCUCAACGGUUCAAUAUUUUGUGUCGUCCGUGUAGUGUUGUGUCGCGGAGUGUGUCCCUGUUCUGCUCUUGCGUGUGUGUUGCUUGGACCAGGAAGAAAGGCAGGAGAUAGAGAGGGAGUGAGGUGAUGAGGAAGGAAAAGAAAGAACUAAUGUAUCACCACCAAUGUCCAGGCUCUGUUCUCUUCUUUCCACUCAUUGUUCUCUUCAAUCAAACAGAUGACGACAGCGAGAACGGGCGUGGCGGGGCUGCAGGGGCGCCGCGGCUGCCCAUGUGUCUGGGCGCGGCGGGGCGUGGGUUGUGAGUGCCUCGUGAGUGGAGCUAUCUGAGUGAUGACGUAACUGAGUGACGCUGCGUGACGUCAUGGAGAGAGAACAACACGGGCGACGCAGCGUGUGACGCAACGGACUCAUGACGUCACGGACCAGGUCAGCGAUCAUCCGGCGGCACCCCCAUGCCCCUGUGGGUCCCACCCCGUACCUGAGGGUUAGCCCUGAAGAGGGUCCUUCCACGGACUCGCCGCGCCAGCCUCAGGCCGGCCUGGGCGGCGCCAGUGGUGUCGGGGAGACUGUGCUGGAGGGUGGCUGCGGCAGCGGCGCCCCGGGCAGAGGUGAGCGUGAGGCGGCGCCUAACAAGGCGGAGAGCGUAGUGCACCUGUCCGGCGGCACCACCACGGUGACUCUGGCACGCGGGGAGCCCCCUGCCCCGCAGGGCCACUCCUCUCCCCCCGUCCUUGGCGUAAAGAAGCAGUUCACCAGGCCCGAGCGCCGCGCUGUGGGGGGCGGGGCGGCAGAGGGCGGGGCCGGCGGGGCAGGUGGCCGAGGAGACAGGGGGACGGCGGAGCGUCGGGGCUACGCCAUCAGCGGCGCCAGUUACUCGCGCGCCGUGGCCAGUGAGGGCGAGGCGGCCGUCACCGUCACGGUCUCGGAUAGCAGUUCAGUGGACUCCCCGCUCCUUUCCCCUCGCCGGCCCCUUCUUCAUUCCGCCCACAGCAGCCCUGACGCUGGUCUCGUGCAGGUAGAGCUGGUGGAGGCGCAGGGCAUGGAUCUCGACUCAGGAGGACGUUUCGACCGCCGCGCCACCAUCAUCGACAGGUGAGUGUGUCCUUCGAGUUUGGGGUUGUCGCGCCACGAGGCAUGGCCGCCGAACGCGAGGUCGCGAGGCCAGGCGACCCUCAGUACCGUGGAGCCCCAGUGGUGGACAGUGGGGCACGACCAGUAAAGAUUGUGCUGAGCGAGAGACAAAACAUUCGGAGACUCGUGUUGUGCAGUGACAAGUGUGUUUCAUGUGUCUCAUUGUGGUGAAGGGAUCUGUUUUGGUGGCCCUGACUGUCAUAAACUACACACACACACACACACACACACACACACACACACACACACACACACACACACACACACACACACACACACACACACACAAAGACAAACACAAACACACCCUAACACAAACACAACUUGUGAUGGUAUGGCGGGAACUUCCUGAAUUCACGAUGCCUCCCUCCUUUCCACCCCUGACCAUCUCCUUCCCCACCCUCCCCAUGACCCCCAACACCCACACGCGCCCCGAAGGGGACGCAUGUAACGAAGCUCACAGUACGCCUGAAGUAGUACGAAUAUCCACCAUUUGAAGGAAAUAUGUUCUCAUAGCUCCCCAUCAUGUUCGUGUGUCCUGAUCAUGUGUUCAUGACCCGCCACGUGUUGACCAACCACGUGCUCCAAUCGCCACGUGCUUUCAUGACCCAACCACGUGUCUCCACGAUAAGCAAGUGACAAAUGCCAGUGUUCUUGCCAGUGACCCUGAGAUAAGAAGAGAAGAUGGAAAGACGAUGAAGUGAUGUAGUAGUAGUAGUAGUAGUAGUAGUAAUAGUAGUUGUCAUUGAUCUUUUUGUUGUUGUUUGUUGUUGUUGUUGACAAUGUUGUUGUUGUUGUUGUUGUUGUUGCUGAUGAUGUUAUUGUCGUUGUUGUUGUUGAUAAUGUUGUUGUCGUUGUUGUUGUUGCUGAUGAUGAUGAUGUUGUUGUUGUUGUUGUUGUUGUUGUUGUUGUUGUUGUUGUUGUUGUUGUUGUUGUUGUUGUUGUUGUUAUUGUUGUUGCUGGUGAACUAUUAAAUGUAAAACAAAACAACUAAAAAAAAGAAAAAAAUCUUGAAAUCAAAACACUUCUCAUUUCAGCAUCUUUCAAGGUUGGCGUUGUAUUACUGUAACAAAUCCCACAAAAAGGGACAAAAUAUGUACAUACGAGUACAUGCUUACCUUACGUAGAUAAACUUGCCUUUUGCUGUCUCCUUAUACUCUUAUAUACCAAAAGUUCAGAGGAAAGAACUCAUUUAAUUCUAAGUCAGCACUGUAUUAGUGUAACAAACCACAAAAAGUCUAGAUACACUCAUCCUACGUGGUGCCUAAAUAUAAAUGACUUGGGUAUCGGGUUGCUUUAUAUCACACUUAACUUAGACAGACAGACAGACAGACAGA